AUGAAUACUUCGAACGUAUCGCUCAUCAGAAGCAGCAGCAGCAGCAGCGACGGCAAAAUCGCCAAUACCCCACAGUCUCCAUCAUCUUCGUCCUCAUCUUCGUCCUCAUCAAAGCCGUGGCCCUUGAAACGACUCCCCUCUCAACUCCGCAUCCUCAAACCCCGCAUCCACAUCCCCUGGCCCCAAAAACAAUCCUUCGUCAAACUCCCAAAAGACGAGAGCCAACUCGACGCUAAACCACUUCACUUCCACACCCACACCCACACCAAUAUCAAUACCAAUACCGAUGCUAAUGACGACGGCAACAGCGAUGCGGAUGCUAGUACCACCCCGCGAUACCUCCAGAAGAAAGAGAGGAAACUGCGUGUGCGAGAAGCAGAAGUGGGGAGGCGGGAAGAUGAGGUGCGCGUGAGGGAACACAAGGUCUGGGAGGGGCUGAAGGAGAUGGCGAGGGGGAAAGUGCAUGUAGCUAUUCUGGAAGAAAGGGUUAAGGAGUUGGAGGGGGAGGUUGGUGGUGGCCGGAAGAAGGGGGCCGAUGUGGGUGCGAGCAGUGAGCGGGGGACGAGACAGUGGUGGGUGAAAGGGUGGUGGAGUUUUCGCGAGUAG